CAAUGAAACUGCACUCCACUGCGCAGCUCAGUAUGGACAUACAGAAGUGGUGAAGGUUCUGCUGGAGGAGUUGACCGAUCCUACAAUGCGUAAUAACAAGUUUGAGACUCCUCUUGAUUUGGCUGCACUCUAUGGGAGAUUGGAAGUGGUGAAGAUGUUGCUCAAUGCCCAUCCCAAUCUAUUAAGCUGCAAUACUAAGAAACACACCCCCUUACAUCUGGCAGCUAGAAAUGGCCAUAAAGCUGUAGUUCAUGUUCUCUUGGAAGCUGGCAUGGAUAAUAAUUAUCAGACAGAAAAAGGCAGCGCUCUGCAUGAAGCUGCUUUGUUUGGCAAAACAGAUGUGGUCCAGAUUUUGUUAGAUUCAGGCAUUGAUGUGAAUAUAAAAGAUAAUAGAGGCCUGACUGCUUUGGAUAUUGUGAGAGACCUUCCAUCUCAGAAAAGCCAACAGAUAGCUGCUCUCAUUGAAGACUGCACAACAGGAAAGAAGACAGCAAAGGCAGAAGAGAAGACACCACCAACACCAGUUACUUCUACUGAAGCCUCUGUUCGAUUACCCCAAGGUAAUGUGGAAAAGGCUGUGACAGAACUGAUGAUUGAUUUUGAUGGAAAGCCAGAGGAAUGUCCUUAUGAAGUCUUGUACAAUGCAACAUCCUGCCAUUCUUUGGACAGCCUGGCCAGUGGAAGAUCUUCAGACAGAGACUCGAAAGAGCGUCCACCUCCUCCUACAAAGCCUCCCCCUGAUGAAGAGGAAGAAUUUGUUGAAAAGAAGCAGAGUGUGUCCACUAAAGGUUUGGUCACCAAGAGGAAGAGUAGGGGAAGCACAGCUGAUGAUGAAGAGGAGCACCCUUAUGAACUCCUACUAACAGCAGAAACAAAAAAGCAUGUUGCACUGGAUAAAAAAACAAAAGGGCUGCCACAUGGUCCAUGCUGCCCACCUGUGCCUCUCAUUACCUUUUGGACCUCUGAGCAAAGUCUUGUCAUCUGUUCUUCCAUGACGUCCCUCCUCCAGAAAGGUGAAUUGUCUUCAGGUGCUGCCAGCAAUCUCCAGCCACAGGCCUGGCCACGAAAAGGUCCAUCCUCCCAGGAUGGACAGUGGUCACUGAAUUGCCAGACUUCUGACUUUUCUUCUGGUCAUUCUGAGCAAUAUCCAAGUCCUGAAUCGCAAUUGAUAGAGACAUUGGAAGACCAAAGGAAAAGCAGCUGUAGCCACAGUCAAGCAGAUGGCCAGGAUGUCCAAGUGCUGGAUCAGUUCUCAGGUCUGCUGCAUGGUUCUUCUCCAGUGUGUGAAAUAAAUGAGGACCCUUUCAGACUCAUUUCUGCUGUGGGCAAAGGAAAUACAGAAGGGACUGCUAUGCAGCUGGAAGAUGUUGAGACAUCUGGAUCGGGACAGACUAGCACUGCAGACCAAAAUAAAGUGGUCUAUUCAACCAUCCACCAUACAAGUGACAAAAAAUUGGACCCUGACACAUUAGCUCAUCAUCACUUGCUCCAACACCCUGGUGGUGUUCAAGAAGGAGAGAAGAGCAGCAUUUUGGGCAGAGUCCAUCCAGGAGGCAAGCCCAAAGCAGAACUCAAACUUAGCCGCAGCUUAUCAAAAUCAGACUCUGACCUUUUGAGCACCUCACCAACAGAGGACGAUACCAUGGGAAGCAGAAGUGAAUCCCUUUCCAAUUGUAGCACUGGGAAAAAAAGGCUGGAGAAAUCACCUUCGUUUGCUUCAGAAUGGGAUGAGAUUGAGAAAAUAAUGAGUUCCAUUGGUGAAGGUAUUGACUUCUCUCAGGAGCAGCGGAAGAUGUCAGGUUCACGGAUGCUGGAACAGAGUGUUGGGGAGUGGCUGGAGUCCAUCGGCUUACAGCAGUAUGAGAGUAAACUGCUUCUCAAUGGCUUUGAUGAUGUCCGCUUCUUGGGCUAUAAUGUCAUGGAGGAUCAGGACCUUCGAGAAAUUGGUAUUAGUGACCCACAGCAUCGCAGGAAACUUCUCCAGGCUGCACGCUCCCUUCCUAAGGUGAAAUCCCUGGGAUGUGAUGGGACUCAGCCUUCUGUUCCUGCUUGGCUGGACUCCCUAGGGCUACAAGAUUACAUUCAAUCAUUUUUGUCAAGUGGCUACAGCUCUAUAGACUCUGUGAAAAACCUUUGGGAACUUGAACUAGUAAAUGUGCUGAAAGUAAAUCUUCUUGGCCAUCGCAAGCGUAUAAUAGCUUCCCUAGCAGAUAGACCAUAUGAGGAACCCCCACAAAAACCACCACGGUUCUCUCAGCUAAGAUGCCAGGAUUUGAUAUCCCAGACUUCCUCACCAUUGAGCCAGAGUGACUCUUGUACAGGGAGGUCUGCAGAGCUCUUGUUACCUUUGGGAGAUGCUGGAAAGAGGAGACACGAGAGCAGCCAUGAUACUGCAUCUUACCCUCGAACAGAGAGACUCAAGACACAGGAGGAACGCCGAGAAUCAAAACUUACACUCAGACCCCCAAGUCUGGCAGCUCCUUAUGCCCCUGUUCAACACUGGCAGCACCAGCCAGAAAAACUUAUAUUUGAGUCCUGUGGAUAUGAAGCCAAUUAUUUAGGAUCAAUGUUAAUCAAAGAUCUUCGAGGGACAGAAUCUACACAGGAUGCCUGUGCAAAGAUGAGGAAAUCUACAGAACAUAUGAAGAAGAUCCCAACUAUAAUUUUAUCUAUCACUUACAAAGGGGUGAAGUUUAUAGAUGCAUCUAACAAGAAUGUUAUUGCUGAGCAUGAAAUCCGUAACAUCUCUUGUGCUGCCCAGGACCCAGAGGAUCUCUGUACAUUUGCCUAUAUCACCAAGGACUUGCAGACUAGCCACCACUAUUGCCAUGUCUUCAGUACCGUUGAUGUUAACCUCACGUAUGAAAUCAUUUUGACAUUGGGGCAAGCAUUUGAAGUAGCCUACCAGUUGGCCCUUCAGGCUCAAAAAUCAAAACAUCCAGGUGCUUUGACUGCUGAAACAACAGAAACAAAAUCUUCAAAACCGGUGCCUAAACCUCGAGCCAGCAUGAGGAAAUCAGCAGUGCCGCUCCCUCCUGAUAGUCGCUGUUGUUACUGUCACUCCUGUACUACACACCGUCCCUCCUAUCUGCCGCUGCAAUCUGUUAGUCAAGGAGCUAAGCUGGAGCCAUCUGAAGUGGACCAAGACUCACAGUCUCAUGCUAGUGUGUCUUGGGUUGUUGAGCCCAAGCAGGAUUCCAAGAGGACCGUCAGCACUAAGUAUGAGACUACUAUCUUCUGAAAACAAAUCCUGCAUCCAUCCAGUCUAACUGUGCCUUUGCAGUCUGAUCUGUCUGCUCUUCUAAACCCUUCCUUCCGCUCAUUGCUGGGACUAGGUGUGGCACCAUCAGAGGCAGCAACACUAGGAUACCAUAGACUAAACAGCUUUUUGUAUCUGAUUUGAUUUCUACUGAACACUGUGAAUUGAAUUCUCCUAAUGGAAACAAGGGUUAACUCACUGAAAGUGCCACCUGUUUUAGAUGUCUGAGAGGUGGGAGAACAAAGCCUAUGGGAGUGGAAUAUAUGGAUUUGGGAAACCACCUGAUAUUUCUUGACUUUCAUUUUGACACUGUGAAUUUGUGGGGUGAAACAACACUCUGUAGGCCUUUUCUAUUUAGCAUCUUGGACUGUUCUACAACUAUGAUCUCAUAUGUAUAUGCUGUCACAACCUAGAUUUAUACCUCCACACUGAGCUAUGGCCACAAACUGUUCCAACAACGAUCACUCUUUUACGUAUAAUCUCAGAAGACACUAAUCACUGUGAUACUGCUUGCAAAUCUCUUACCAUAUUUCCUUGCAUGGAUACUGCUCACAAUUUUUGCUCCCCCUUGACACCUUGAAUGCAUGGUAUAAUAUAAAAGUCUGCUAGGCAAUGUGACCACUCCUAUUACAUUUCCUUUUUUUCCCACUAGGAGUCAGGUUUGGUAUAUAGAAGAGACUGCCCAACAGAUAAUUUCAGCUACCCAUUAUGCAAUUGUUUUCAUCUCCACUAGGCCUUUUUAUUCAGGGUAAUCAUUCAGCUAACAAAUAUCAUUCUGAAUCAUAUUUCUCUGGAUUGCAUUUAAAUGGAACCUUUCAAAGGCACAUGUCCUCUUUGUGGGCAGAGACUGACAGUGAGGACUGUUUUAGAUAAAUACAGAAAUAGAGGGGUGGACUAGGUUUGCUGUAUUUCACAAUUUUUCUUCAAAGGCAGAACAUGUUCUACAUUCUAUGCAGAACAGUGUUCCUCUAUAAUCUGUUACCUGUGACACACUCAGUUAUCCAUGUAUCUGGCAGUCAUCAAUCUCCAAGCCGGCCAACAGUCUGUGCUACUUGACUUACCAUAUCCUUAAAGGCAUACUUUACUCAGCUCCUUAAAACGGAGAUUGUAAGGGAAUGGCAAAUUUUGAUUUGAUCGUCUUCAGAUACUAAUAUUAAGCCCAAUCUGUUAAAUGUGAUAUUUUUGUCCACACUGGAAACAGAAAUUAUCUUACUGGACAAAAAUCUGAAACAACAUUUUGUCCUUACAGGUGAAAUCUGUUCCUUGGCAGAAUAGGUUGCAAUUAGGUACAGCUACAGCAAUUAAAUGCCUUUGCUUGUCUAGACCAGUGGUUCUUAACCUUUGUUACUCGGAUGUUUUUGAACUGCAACUCCCAGAAACCCCAGCCAGCAC